CAGUCCUCACCUCAGACAGUGUCUCCCCUAAAUGCCCUUCACUAAGCGUUCUCAACAGACAGUGCUUUUUCCCCCCGCCCAGGGUGUGGUUCAUGUCUCCUACCUUGACCGUCUCUCUGCUUGCCCUCUCCUUGUCCCUGUGUUGUAAAAAAAAGAAAAAGAAAAGAAAAAAAAAGCGCCUCUCCAUCUGUCGUGUUAUUUUCCCCCCACCUCGCUCUCUUCCACCUGCUCCUCCUUCUCUCUGUGAUAUGAAGUGUCUAGAAUAGAAUAGGUUUGUUCUUUAUUUGUCCCUCAGUGGGGGAAUUCUGAGCAUGGAGAUGAGGACGUUUAGUACACUAAGAUGGACGUUUCAAAAAAGCUCUUUGGCCCUCUGUGGAUAAUCUAAUCUUAAUUGGUUUUUUCCUCCUUUGGCAGCAAAAAACGUCCAUCAAGCGUUUGUGAUAACUGAGAUUGCCAUGGAAACGGUUUUGCUCUUCCUCUCCUCACUCCUGGUGUGUGUAGCUGCUGAAUCAGACCCCAGUGCUAUGGAGGAGCAUUCAGUGGCUGAAAAUCCUUUUAUUUAUGAUUAUGAGAGUUUGAGAAUUGGGGGAUUGACGUUUGCGGUGAUCCUGUUUAUGCUGGGCAUCCUUCUAAUCCUCAGUCGACGAUGCCGCUGUGGAGGAAAACAGAAGCCCAGGGCCCCUGGAGACGAGGAGGUACAGGAAGAGAACCUCAUUGUCACCAAGGCUGCAGCGGCUGCCAAAGAGACUCCAGCAGAAAACUGAGGCGACAGGAGCGCAACAAUAAUAUAUAUAAAAAAAAAAAAAAAACCCCGUGAGGUUUAUUCUAGUUAGUUGUACAGGAGGGUGAGGACAUGGUGUACACGUUUAAAAAUGUAACAAGUGAGUAGAUCUUUUGCCAGGUGUUAAAUUUUUUUUGUGAGUUGUCCUUCAGUGCUCUUGUCAAAUGCUGCGCCUUUUCUGUGACCGUCUUUCACUGCAGCUUGUUGUGGCAUCUUUGGCACAAGUUUGUCUUAUAAAUUCUUGAGAUAUUUCCAGUGUUGUGAGUUCAGAUGUUUCGUUGUGCUUCUACUACUUGACUUUAGGUUUUAGGAUUUGUGAAUCUGUUGCUCGUUUUCCCAGCCGUCCUGAGAAAAAAAAUUGUCAUAUGUAUAUUAUAAGAUACAUGCAUAUAUAUACAGUAUUUAUACUUAAAUACUUUACAUAUGAGCUGUUUAGUCAAAUAUUCUAGAUCUAUGUUUGUGUUUGUAUGGUUAGGCGUGUUUGGGUGAACAUGUGUACAGGGCUGGAUUUAGGAGAACGUGGCCCACAGGGUAAAUCCAUUCCAGUAAAAGAUUAAAGUAAUAAAGUUAAACAUUUUUUUAUUUUUAACAAGUUUUCAGUUCUUGUGUGUCUUUGAUUUAUCAGAAUUUUUGCAGCUUAUCAAGACCUGAAUUGUAUCUGCUGAAAAGAGACAUGUUGGCCCAAAAUAUUUCACCAUCUAUGCUAGAGCUGUGGUCUUACUGCCAAAUGCAGAAUUACACUGCUCCAUCAGAGCCAGUAGAAGUGUCUUAGUGCUAUCAAUCACUCUAAUGUAUGAGCUGCAGCUAUGCUAAUGGGGAGGAAACAGCUGACAAUUACAGGAAAACAAUUUAUUUGCCAUCAACUGGUGGUCAUGCUUACUAGCCUGC